GGUCAGUAGUUUUUCGCGCGAAGGUGCAGAAGUCGGCGGCUUGAAUAGAGAGAAGAACAACCUGGUUGGCGGAGAUCUGCUCUUCAGGCGCAAGCACUUGACGUUGUGUUACAAGCAACAAUUCUGCUGAAAUGGAAAGCGUUGGAGACAUCCAAGUUAAGGAGCUGAACAAGCGUGCUUCAGGUCAUGCAUUUGAGGUCAUCCUGAGACCCUCAACCCCUGAUGCCAAGGGUGAAUUUCCUUUGUCCCCUCUUGUAAAAAAGGAAACAUCUCUGGAUGGGAUUAAGAGGAAACUGGAAGCUGCAGAAGAGAGACGCAAGAGCCAUGAGGCUGAAGUGCUGAAACAUCUUGCUGAGAAACGUGAGCAUGAGAAGGAAGUCAUCCAGAAGGCCAUAGAGGAAAACUGCAACUUUAGCAAGAUGGCACAAGAGAAACUCAAUCAGAAAAUGGAGGCAAACAAAGAGAACCGCAAUGCACGAAUGGCAGCGCUCAACGAGAAAUUCAAGGAGAAGGACAAGAAGCUUGAAGAAGUGAAGAAAAACAAGGAGACAAUGAAAGAAAAGGAGAAUUAAUUUGGUCAUAAUCUGGAAAACGGUUUUUACAUCUCCAAAGAUAAGUUAUAUUUUUUUAACUGACACUUACAUGGUAUUGUUUGUUGUGUUAGUUUUGAUUGUUGGUAUGGAUAUGGGGUGAGUUUUCUUUUCUUUUUUUCUUUAGAUUUACCUUCGGCAGCUGAUUACACUGUUUACUUUUUGCUGUAUGAACUAGUAUAUUUUUACUUUCAGAGGCAUUCUGUUGUAAUAAAUUGGUUCAUGUGCUGAAUACUGUUUAAUAUACUGAAUACAUCCCAUAAUACUGUUCUAAACUGUUGAUAAUGUUUGUGAGUUUGAAUAAGCUGUACAAUACCACGGUUCCCCAUUAAAGUCAAUGUCCAAAAUUUAA